UCAGCUGCUGAGUGAGGUGCGCACCAUCUCACUAUCAGAGACAGGGGCGGAAUACAGCAAGAGGAGAGAGAGGAAAAGAUACAGCGAACACACAGAAGCAUCAUGGCACCAAUUGGAUUAAAGGCGGUCGUUGGCGAAAAGAUUAUGAAUGAUGUCAUCAAGAAGAUAAAGAAGAAGGGAGAAUGGAAGGCUCUGAUUGUGGACCAGCUCAGCAUGAGGAUGCUGUCGUCCUGCUGCAAAAUGACUGAUAUCAUGACAGAGGGCAUCACCAUUGUUGAAGACAUCAACAAACGCAGAGAGCCUCUACCUUCACUGGAGGCUAUUUACCUGAUCACUCCUACUGAUAAGUCCGUGCAAACUCUUAUCAAUGACUUCAAAGAUCCUCAUUCUGCGAAAUAUAAAGGGGCUCAUGUGUUCUUUACUGACUCUUGCCCGGAUCCCUUGUUCAAUGAAGUGGUGAAGAGCCGGGCAUCCAAAACCAUUAAAACCCUGACUGAGAUCAACAUUGCUUUCCUGCCGUAUGAGUCCCAGGUGUUUUCUUUGGACAACCCCGACGCCUUUCAGAGCUUCUACAGUCCUCAUAAGACCCAGCUGAAGAACACUGUGAUGGAGCGACUUGCCGAGCAGCUGGCCACUCUCUGUGCCACGCUGAAGGAGUAUCCUGCUGUACGAUACCGAGGGGAGUAUAAAGAUAACGCCACUCUGGCUCAGCUGCUUCAAGACAAACUGGACGCCUAUAAGGCCGAUGAUCCCACAAUGGGAGAGGGUCCGGACAAGGCCAGGUCUCAGCUUAUCAUUCUGGACCGGGGUUUCGAUCCUGCCUCUCCCGUCCUGCACGAGCUCACCUUCCAAGCUAUGGCUUACGACCUGCUGCCCAUCGAGAAUGAUGUGUACAAGUAUGAUUCCGGCGGAAUGGGUGACUCUCGUGAGAAGGAAGUCCUGCUGCAUGAAGACGAUGACCUCUGGGUGGCACUACGACACAAACAUAUCGCUGAGGUCUCUCAGGAGGUCACACGAUCCCUGAAGGAAUUUUCUGCCAGUAAACGGAUGAACACUGGGGAGAAGACCACCAUGCGGGACCUGUCUCAAAUGCUCAAGAAGAUGCCACAAUACCAGAAAGAGCUCAGCAAGUACUCGACCCACCUGCAGCUGGCUGAAGACUGCAUGAAGCACUACCAGGGAACCGUGGACAAGCUGUGCCGUGUAGAGCAGGAUCUUGCUAUGGGAACUGAUGCAGAGGGUGAAAAGAUCAAAGAUCCCAUGAGGGCGAUCGUGCCCAUCUUGCUGGAUGCCAACGUCACCACCUACGAUAAGAUCCGCAUCAUCCUGCUCUACAUUUUCCUUAAAAACGGAAUCACAGAGGAGAACCUCAACAAGCUGAUCCAGCAUGCCCAGAUCCCUCCUGAGGACAGUGAGAUCAUCACCAAUAUGGCUAACCUGGGCAUCCCAAUCAUCACAGAUUCCACUCUCCGCAGGGGCAAAAAGCUCGACCGUAAGGAGCGUGUGAGCGAGCAGACCUACCAGCUCUCUCGCUGGACCCCACUGAUCAAGGAUAUCAUGGAGGAUGCUAUUGAGGAUAAGCUGGACACCAAACACUAUCCGUACAUCUCAACACGCCCGUCCUCUUCCUUCAACACCUCUGCAGUCAGUGCCCGAUAUGGCCACUGGCACAAGAAUAAAACCCCUGGAGAGUACCGCACGGGCCCUCGUGUCAUGGUCUUCAUCAUUGGGGGCGCGUCCUUUAGCGAGAUGCGCUGUGCUUAUGAGGUCACACAGGCCAAUGGCAAAUGGGAGGCCAUCGUUGGUUCAACUCACUUGCUCACCCCAACCAAAUUUCUAAUGGACCUGCGACACCCCGACUUCCGAGAAUCCACUAGGGUGUCCUUUGAGGACCCUGACCCCUCAGAAGAGUGAGAGAGAGAGAGAAACAGGGAAGGGAGGGAGACAGAAAUCACACUCUGACAAAGUUCAACCCAUAUUGUCUCCCCAACGGCGCUCCUUGACGCUCUCAAGGCGAUGAACAAACCCGACGAGGAGCCGACAAGCUAAAAAAACUUCCUCACCCCAACCCCACGUCUCACCUACCCUUCCUUUCCCCCAACCCCCUCCUCUAUAAAUUGUGUAUGCAUCUUGCUUGAGAGAAAAAAAAUGAUGAUUGGUGAAGUCUAUACAUUUAUAUAUAUAUAUAUAUAUAUAUAUUUAAAUAUAUAUAUAUAGUAUAUUGAAAUAAAAGAAUCAUUGUAAGUACUCUUCUGUUUUACAAUGGAUGCAAAUGAUUAGACUGUCAACACGAGUUUUAAUUAUUCAUUGCCAUUUAAAACCUAAAGGAGUACCAAAUGUAAUAUUGUAUGUCAUGGAACCUGCUAGAAUGUGUAAAUGGUAGAUCAUUUUGCGUUCGUUUAUUUAUCUGGUGUGUUUUUUAACGGUUUGAUGGUGGGUGGGGGAGGGACUGGUUUUUAUGCAAAUGAAAAGGCGUGGCAAAAUAACGCAUAUCACUUCCUAUGCUGAAUGCUAUACUGCAGACCAGUUGAAACGCUCGGGGGGUUAGGUGUUGUCUCAUUUUAGAUGUGCAUGCCACGGACGCUACUAUGUGGCCCUUUUGACAUGUUUAAAAACUCUGAAAAAAAAGUGCAAAUUAAAAACGAUGACCGUCUUCUGGGACUCCAGUGAUGAAGAAGAAACAAGCCAAAAAAAGGAGUAAAAAGUGAAAUAGACACUGUACAUAGAUAGCGGACGUCACCCCCUCCACGAUUCUUGGAGCAUUUACUUUCCAUAUUCUUUGAUUUUCAUGUCUCCUACAGAGACCUCAUUUUUUAUGUCAAGAAGGCCUCUGCUUGCAAAUGUUUAAGGAAUUCAAAAAAGGGCCAGUUGUAUUUCAGUAUUGUAUCUCGUCCGAUUAAGUCUUAUCAUUGGUUAGUAACAAUGUUUAACUGGGCCAUGCACUGAGUAGCGUGUUGUUGUAUAUGCCAUGUUACCGUUUUUCGUCUCACUGUUGACUGGUGGAAUUUUCUGACUGUGAAAUAGUAAACAUUUUCUUUGCCAAUGUGAAGCCAAUGUGUUUGUGACGUAUUAGCUGUAGCCGUAGUGAUAAACUUUGAAAAAAAUAGGUAAUAUCUAUCUUUUGUUUGUCUGUCUAAUAGUUUAUAUGUUAUAUCUUCCACUGGUGAAUGGCUUUGCAAAGAAACGCAACCCCCCAAUUAACGUUUUGAAUCCGUUUUCCCUCUAUACUGUUGUGGCGGACAGGUUGUAUAUUGCACUACGCGUUUUCUGUGAUGCAAACGCUUAUAUGGUUAACAAUCUCUUUUUUUAUUUUUAAUAUUACCUUAUUUUGGGCUUGCUGUUGUAUAGCGCUCAACUGUGUAUGUUUGAUUGAUUUCUAUAACAUUUAUUUUUCAGACAAUAUCAAUAAAUAAGAACGUAGUCCGUCCUAAACCUGUUCAACUUACUUGGAUUCUAUGUUUGCGAGUGUUGAAGCACAAAUUAAAGAAUACUUCAUGUGUACCGA